AGUCGCACUCCGUUGAGUCACCGCCCACUUCUCCGUGAUAUGCACACACGAGCAGCACCGUCGGCUUCUUGAGUUUGCAUCCCACAACCUUGAACAUCGCCUUUAUACUCUCUUGCCAGAACCUGGAUUGUCUAGUGCCUACUCCGCACACAACCCGCAAUCAUGGCCGACGCCAUCGCCGAAGGAGUAGCCAAGUUGUUCCUCGAUGAGGAGACUGGCGAGAUGGUGUCCAAGAACGAAUUGGCAAAGCGCACCAAGAAGAGAGCCAAGAAAGCAGCCACUGCCAAAGCCAAGGAGAACGCCCCUCCCAAAGAAGCUGCUGCCGCAAAACCAAAGCCCGAAAAGAAGCCCGAAGAGCCUACUCUGGACCCGGAAGCCAUGUUCAAGCAGGGCUUUCUCAACGACGUGUACAACGAGAGGCCCGUCAAGCCUGUCACCACUCGAUUCCCUCCCGAGCCCAACGGCUUCCUGCACAUUGGCCACGCAAAGGCCAUCGCCGUUAACUUUGGCUUCGCCAAGUAUCACGGAGGUCAAUGCUACUUGCGAUUCGACGACACCAACCCCGAAGCCGAGGAGGAGAAGUACUUUGUCGCAAUCGAGGAGAUGGUUCGAUGGCUGGGAUUCACUCCCUACAAGAUUACUUACUCCAGCGACAACUUCCAGAAGCUUUACGACCUUGCAGAGAAGCUGAUCGGGCUGGAGAAGGCUUACGUGUGCCACUGCAAUGACGAAGAGAUCAAAGCCCAGCGCGGAGGCGAGUCUCACGGAGAAAGGUUCCGAUGUGCACAUGCCGACCAGAGCGUGGAGCACAACUUGGCCGAAUUCAGGGGCAUGAGAGAUGGCAAAUACAAGCCUCGUGAGGCUUUCCUCAGAAUGAAGAUGGAUAUCAGUGACGGAAACCCUCAGAUGUGGGAUUUGGCCGCAUAUCGUGUGCUGGACAAGCCCCAUCACCGGACUGGCGAUACUUGGAGAAUAUACCCAACCUAUGACUUCACGCACUGUUUGUGCGAUAGCUUUGAAGGCAUCACCCACAGUCUCUGUACUACGGAAUUCGUCCAAUCUCGGGUCAGCUACGAAUGGUUGAACAAACAACUCGCAUCCAUGCAGCCCAUGCAGCGCGAGUACGGUCGCCUGUCUAUCCAAGGCACUGUCUUGAGCAAGCGAAAAAUCAUGAAGCUCGUUACUGAAAAGUACGUACGAGACUGGAAUGAUCCGCGGUUGUUUACCCUCAUUGCUAUAAAGCGCAGAGGAGUACCACCCGGCGCUAUCCUGGACUUCAUUAAUGAGCUUGGUGUGACCACUGUACCUUCAACGAUACAGCUUAAACGAUUUGAUCAAACCAUUCGUCGAUAUUUGGAACGGACAGUGCCGAGACUCAUGCUGGUGCUCGACCCCGUUCCCCUCAUCAUUGAAGAUGCCGAAGAGGUUGAAGUCGACGCACCAUUCAAUCCCAAAAUUCCUGCUAUGGGUACCCACAAAAUCAAGUUCACGCCUACUGUAUACAUAGAUCGGUCUGACUUCCGUGAAGAGGAUAGCAAGGACUACUUCCGUCUUGCGCCGAACAAGACUGUCGGUCUGCUGCAGGCACCGUACCCUAUCAAGGCCGUUUCUUUCACCAAGGAUGAGGCUACAGGAAGGGUCACAGAGAUCCGAGCAGUAUUUGACAAAGAGACUAAGAAACCAAAGACUUUCAUCCAGUGGGCAGCUGCUGACUCUCGCAAAGUUGAGGUCCGUCUGUUCAACUCGCUUUUCAAGUCUGAGAAGCCUGAUGAUGCCGAGGGUGGUUUCUUGAAUGACAUCAACCCCGACAGCGAGGUUAUCUACCCGGACGCCUUGGUCGAGUCGGGCUUUGAUGAAGUCAAACGCCGCGCUCCUUGGCCGGAAGCUGCUGGUGAAAGUGAACUUGGUAAGGGCGGACCAGAAAGUAUACGCUUCCAAGGUAUGCGUGUGGCUUACUUUGCCGUGGACUCCGACAGCACGGACGACAAGACCGUAUUAAACAAGAUAGUGUCACUAAAGGAGGAUGCUGCUAAGAGCUAGAGAUGUAUCACAUCCAUACUAGAGAACAGUAAAAUGAAGAAUGUCUGAGAAUCAUGCGUGUCUACUUCGGUCGCUCAAAUGUAUGUGACGAUCCAGGUACCGUGAGUGACAC